AUGGCCUGGAGCGGGCGGCUAGCGCUGCGGACGUUGCCGGGCCACAGCUGGGUGCGGGGCUCAAGCCCGGCUGUGCUGAGCCGCCUGCGGGACGCGGCCGUGGUGAAGCCUGGCUUUCUGAGCGUGGCCGAGGAGGAGACGCUGCGUCGCGAGCUGGAGCCGGACCUGCGCCGCCGCCGCUACGAAUACGAUCACUGGGACGCGGCCAUCCACGGCUUCCGGGAGACUGAGAAGUCACGCUGGUCGGAGGCGAGCCAGGCCAUCCUGCAGCGCGUGCGGGAGGCUGCCUUUGGGCCCGGGCAGGCCUUGCUUCCCCUAGUGCACGUGCUGGACCUGGAGCCGCGGGGCUACAUCAAGCCCCAUGUGGACAGCGUCAAGUUCUGCGGAGCCACCAUUGCUGGCCUGUCCCUGCUGUCCCCUAGUGUCAUGCGACUGGUGCACACCCAGGAGCCUGCAGAGUGGCUGGAACUCUUGCUGGAGCCAGGUUCCCUCUACAUCCUUAGGGGCUCGGCCCGCUAUGACUUCUCCCAUGAAAUCCUUCGAGAUGAAGACUCCUUUUUUGGGGAGCGCCGGAUUCCCCGAGGCCGACGCAUCUCUGUGAUCUGCCGCUCCCCCGCUGAGGAGGUGGGGUUAGGGGAGCCCGGACAGCCCCCUGCAGCCUGCUGA